AUGACACUUUUUGAUGUGUUCCAUGCAACUUUUCUUCAGGAAAAAAAAGAGAAAAACAGAGGCGAGGUGGAGAGGCGAGAUACGUUAAUUGAUCUCUUGGAGGCACACAGAUCCCGUCCCUCAGUCCAAGGGCGAGACUGGGUGAAAAAUCACUGGUUUCAACCACAGAGUGUGGUGGAUCGGAUGAGGGUAUUGCAGAAGGAAGCUAAGGUUAAGAAGGGAAAAGUAAAAGCUAUAAUUUGUGUAGUGUUAGGAGCAAGUCUGGCAGCUGCAGUGGAAGAGUAAAAGAAGUCUAGUCAAGCUGAUGCUGUAAUAGAAUCACUGCAGACAGUCAUACAGACCCUGCAAAACCAAUUGAGAGAUACUAAAGGGUUGUUAGAGGAGCAAAGGGAUCAAAAAAGAAUAUUGAAAGAUGAAUUGAGGGAAUACAUUUUGGCAGAGAUGGAUACACAUGCCGGGGCAGAAGUGAAACUUUUAGAGAAGAGGAUAUGUCAAAUCUAUCCCCAAGGAGAUUUGCAGAAGGUAAAGGAAACUGUAGAAAGCCUCCCCCAUAUGUAUCCACUGGUUAAAACAGAGUAUGUGUACGAGGACAAUAGCGAUAACCGUCCUCAGGUUAUCACCAAGGAAGUCCCAUUUACAGCAACUGAAUUGGCAAAGCUGAGAAGAGAUUUUUCAAGGACUGCAAAAGAGUCAGAGACAGAGUAUGUGUGGAGAGUGUCUUUGUCAGGAGGGGAUGGAAAUUUGUUGUCAGAGAAUGAAGCAGAAGGAUAUUGGGGACCGGGUGUGUUUCUAACCACUGACAACCGCCGAGCACCUUGGUCAUUGACACAGAGAGUUGCAUACUGGGUCGGAGGGCUGAAGCCCUUGGAGAGGGGAGAUCCCCUUGCCAUAACGGGCACAGUGGAUCAGUUAGUGGAAAAUGUGCAGCAGGCAGCUUGUCUGCAAAUGAUGUAUGAUCAGGAGCUCAAGCCCGAUCAAGGCUCCCCAAUGAUGAUGCCUGUAGACCCAGAGAGGAUGACUCCACUGAUACGAGGACUCCCUGAUUCCCUGAAAACCAUUGCUAUUCAAGUGCAAGGGAAGAUUCAAAACAUUCCUAAUGGAGAAAGAGUGACUGCUGCUCUGGAGGGGAUAGUGACCCCAUACCAUCGACUGCCGGGUAGGAAAGUAUGGACAUGGGAAGAGGUAGCCCAGGAAUUGAUUAAUUUUGGAAGGAAAUAUGGCCCCAUUGGGGGAUCGUACCAAAGAAAUGAGACCAGGGUCGUGCGGGCUGCAGAACAAAUUAGUGGGAGACAAUCAUCCAUGAGGAAGGGACAAUGCUUGGGAUAACCCCGAUUUCAGAAUCCAGGGAGAGAGAGGCCCCUAACUCGACUGGGAUUGUGGCAACUAGAGCUUCAGAAAGGCAUUCCUCAGAAACUGAUGGAUGGACUCAUGACCAAAAAAUUGGAAAAAUUUGUGGAGAAAUGGCCAGAGCAAAGGGUCACUUUCAAACCAACCCAUAGUGCUCCACCCUUACUAGAUCUUGGGGAGGAGCCAACUGGAGAAAAGAAGGUGUCAGGAAACUAG